GACUGAAUGAGAGACUCUACAGGGGCAGGUAAUUCACUGGUCCACAAGCGGUCUCCUUUACGUCGAAACCAAAAGACCCCAACGUCCUUGACCAAGCUGUCUUUACAGGAUGGACAAAAAGCCAAAAAGCCAGCAUGUAAAUUUGAAGAGGGUCAGGAUGUCCUAGCUAGAUGGUCAGAUGGCUUGUUUUAUCUUGGAACUAUCAAAAAGAUAAACAUAUUAAAACAGAGCUGCUUCAUCAUAUUUGAAGACAGUUCUAAAUCCUGGGUUCUCUGGAAGGACAUUCAAACAGAUGGAAUAUUAUGCAGCUAUUAGAAGUUAAAAUUUUGAAAACUGUGAAAUACUUUUGAUAGAAGAAAUAUUACAUAGUGUUGAUGAAAGGAAGCAUCUCGUGGUGGAGAGAACAUGGAUUCUGGCACAUCUGGGAGCCACUGGAAGUGGGGAAAUGGUCUGUACAAUAUGUCAAGAAGACUAUUCAGAAGCUCCCAAUGAAAUGGUUAUAUGUGAUAAAUGUGGACAAGGGUAUCAUCAGUUGUGUCAUACACCUCACAUUGAUUCCAGUGUAAUUGAUUCAGAUGAAAAAUGGCUCUGUCGACAGUGUGUUUUUGCAACAACAACAAAGAGGGGUGGUGCACUUAAGAAAGGACCAAAUGCCAAAGCAUUGCAAGUCAUGAAGCAGACAUUACCUUAUAGUGUGGCAGAUCUUGAAUGGGAUGCAGGUCAUAAAACCAAUGUCCAGCAGUGUUACUGCUAUUGUGGAGGCCCUGGAGACUGGUAUUUAAAGAUGCUACAGUGCUGCAAAUGUAAGCAGUGGUUUCAUGAAGCUUGUGUGCAAUGCCUUCAGAAGCCAAUGCUAUUUGGAGAUAGAUUUUAUACAUUUAUUUGCUCUGUCUGCAGUUCUGGACCAGAAUACCUCAAACGUCUACCAUUACAGUGGGUAGAUAUAGCACACCUAUGCCUUUACAACCUAAGUGUUAUUCACAAGAAGAAAUAUUUUGAUUCUGAACUUGAGCUUAUGACAUAUAUUAAUGAAAACUGGGAUAGAUUGCACCCUGGAGAGCUGGCAGACACACCAAAAUCUGAAAGAUAUGAGCAUGUUCUGGAGGCAUUAAAUGAUUACAAGACCAUGUUUAUGUCUGGGAAAGAAAUAAAGAAGAAGAAGCAUUUGUUUGGGUUGCGAAUUUGUGUUCCUCCUGUGCCACCAAAUGUGGCUUUCAAAGCAGAGAAAGAACCUGAAGGAACAUCCCAUGAAUUUAAAAUUAAAGGCAGAAAGGCAUCCAAACCUAUAUCUGAUACAGAACUCAACACAGAGAUUCUCAAUAACUUAGCAGAUCAAGAAUUACAGCUCAAUCAUCUGAAAAACUCCAUUACUAGUUAUUUUGGUGCUGCAGGUAGAAUAGCAUGUGGCGAAAAGUACAGAGUUUUGGCUCGUCGGGUGACACUUGAUGGAAAGGUGCAGUAUCUUGUGGAAUGGGAAGGAGCAACUGCUUCCUGACUCUAGGACUGAAUAUUAUGUUCACUGCACUCAUUUUCUGUAGGUCCAGUUGAAAGUCCUAAAGGAGCCUGGCUUUUACUGUCUUUCUUAAAAAACAACAAAACAAGUAUUCACAAAAGAGAUGAUACUAGCCUUAACAUGUACUUGUCAUUGUUAUGGAUAUUGUCAAAGAAAGAUAUCUUUUAAAAAUCAGAACAGAGACUUAAUUUUUUAAAUCGUAAGAUUUGUAGAAUGUUUCUAGGAUAGGAUAUUAAAAAUGAUUCAACCCAUGCAUGGUGUUAGAUAAUUUUUCUAAUUAUUCCAUUGAGUCAGUUUUUGUGAUUAGUGGUUAUCAGAGCAAACAGAUCAUGUAGAUAGCACAAAUAUUUGGAGAAACAUUGUCUGUUUUGUUAUACCAAAAUGUUGGGAAAAAAUUUAUUUCAGUACCUUUUAGAUUUCAUAAAGUGCAGUGUAUA